UAUUAUGCAUUUGUAGAAAGUACAUAUUUACACACACACACACUUUUUACCUUAAGAGAUCACUGUAUAAUUGUUAAAUGCUUUAUAAUAACUUCAUUUUUGGUAAUAAACCUGAUUUUUCAGUCUGUUAGUUUAUCUGCUGGAACCAAAGAUACAUUGGACAUUGUUUGACAUUUGUAUGCAGUUGGUCUCAAAUAUGUUCUGUUCAUCCCCUUGAAGAAUCCAUGUAAAAACAAUGUAUGUCAUUUCUUCCUCAGAUUUUAAAAAGCAGAAUAACAAACUGAGAGCAUAAUAGGACAUACAUGUUAUUACCAUAUAAAUUAUGGCAUUCUUUUUAGGAAGAGUAGCAGUAUUCAUUUUGAUAAAACUUUAUAAAAUACUUUCAUUUUCUCUAGGUGGUUGGUUCUAGCUAUUGCCAUGGUACGUUUUUAUAUGGAAAAAGGAACACACAAAGGUUUAUAUAAAAGUAUUCAGAAGACUCUUAAAUUUUUCCAAACGUUUGCCUUGCUUGAGAUAGUCCACUGUUUAAUUGGAAUUGUACCUACUUCUGUGCUUGUGGCCGGGGUCCAAGUGAGUUCUAGAAUCUUUAUGGUGUGGCUCAUUACUCACAGUAUAAAACCAAUCCAGAAUGAGGAGAGUGUGGUGCUUUUUCUGGUCGCGUGGACUGUGACAGAGAUUACUCGCUAUUCCUUCUACACAUUCAGCCUUCUCAACCACCUGCCGUACUUCAUUAAAUGGGCCAGAUAUAACUUUUUUAUCAUCUUAUAUCCUGUUGGAGUUGCUGGUGAACUUCUCACGAUAUAUGCUGCCUUACCAUAUGUGAAGAAAACUGGAAUGUUUUCCAUAAGACUUCCUAAUAAAUACAAUAUCUCCUUUGACUACUACUAUUUUCUUCUGAUAACCAUGGCCUCGUAUAUACCAUUGUUUCCACAGCUCUAUUUUCACAUGUUACGUCAAAGAAGAAAGGUGCUUCAUGGAGAGGUGAUUGUUGAAAAGGAUGAUUAACUGACCUCUGCAAACAAGGUGCUUUUUCCAGAAUAACCAGGAUUACUUGAGUCCAAGUUUUAAUAACAAGAAUAAACAACUUCAUGAAAUAUUACAGAUUGUAUUAUUUCUUCAAAUAUAACUUGAGACACUUGGUGUUUGCCAGUAUUUGCCUUCACGUUGUGCCAGGUCCAUUUUCUACAAGAACUGUGCAAGUAGUUAACCAACUCCUGGGUAGGUGGUGAUCAUUAAGAAAAUAAUCAGCGUAUUACCUGCAAAAAACCCUUUUUUUUAGUUUUUCUGUUUCACUAAAUUUUUUUGCAACAUAAGCUCAAAGUUUUCUCAAUCAAUAUUUAGAAAUUAGUUCAUUGAUUCAACAUUAUAUGCCUGCCAGUGAUAAUUUAUGUGAUAUUUAUAAAUGAAAGUAAAUACAGAGUUAUCGUAACUCAUUAAUAAUGUAUUGGUGUUUCUUGAACCCAAGAUUUUAUUUCAAGUUAUAAGGGAGCAUUUUGAUUAAGAGCAAUUUUUGGAAGCAUGGAUAUAACUUACUGUUGUGAGACUUUUGAUAUAGGUGUCACAAUUGGAAAAUAUUAUUUGAAAUAUGCCUAGGCCAUUGAAAUUACUUAUACUACUAAGCAAACUCAUUUUUAUUUGAAUUAGCCAUUCAAGGACAACCUUUUCAACUCUAAAGGUUUUAAGGGAUUAGAAACAACAUAAGUAUAUACUUUGCCUCACUUAUUAAAAAUAAGGACAUUAGGUCUGAUCAUAAUGUUAUACUCAGAGCUCUGGCCAAGAAAGGCUUCUCUAUACCAUAGAGUCAUCUAAUAAAAACCAUGUUGUGAUAA